AAGACAGAAGCUUUCACUCGUGAAGAGCUGUAGAGCUUCAUGAAAAUGGCACAUGUUUGGAGGACAAUAUUGAUAUUUGUGUUUGCACACUUUGUAGUUUCAGAGUCUGGCAAACAUAAACAAUGUGGCAAACCAGAAGAUUAUCCGGAAAUGCAGCUGGACGACAAAUAUCGUUUCACAUCAGUCUUCAACAAUGGGCAGAAUGUGGAAUAUAAAUGCGCUCCUGGUUACAAGCAAAAGGAUGGCAGUCCAAUGUCGCGGUGUAAGGACGGACGCUGGACACCCGUGGAAAUGAAAUGUCAAAAGAAAAAGUGCAAGCCAUUGAGAGCCAUAAAGAACGGACGAUACAACCAAGAGGGACAAUCAUAUGGCGAUAAAGUCACUCAUGAGUGUAAUAAAGGAUAUAUUUUAAAAGGUGACCGUGUCCGUGUGUGCCAGGAUGAUGACUGGAGUGGGACGAGCCCAACAUGCGAGGUGGUUGAAUGCCCAGUCCUUGUCAUUGCCAAUGGUCAAUUAGCCCCACAAGCUGUGGAGUUUGACACUGUUGUUCAGAUCACUUGCUCUGCUGGAUUCGAACUGCAUGGAGAACCGCAACUCCAGUGUGGAGUAGAUGGUUCCUGGACACCAAGUGUUCCCACCUGUGAGCCAAUGAAAUGUCCAGUCAUUACCAUCCCCAAUGGUCAGGCAGCCCCAUCAGCAGUCGUGUAUAACACCAGUGUUCAGAUCACCUGCUCUCCUGGAUUCAAACUGAAUGGAGCACAGAAUGUCACCUGUGGAGCCGAUGGUUCCUGGACACCUAAAUUACCCACCUGUGAGACAGUUUCAGAGUCUGGCAAACAUAAACAAUGUGGCAAACCAGAAGAUUAUCCGGAAAUGCAGCUGGACGACAAAUAUCGUUUCACAUCAGUCUUCAACAACGGGAAGAAUGUGGAAUAUAAAUGCGCUCCUGGUUACAAGCAAAAGGAUGGCAGUCCAAGGUCGCGGUGUAUGGAUGGACGCUGGACACCCGUGGAAAUGAAAUGCCAAAAGAAAAAGUGCAAGCCGUUGAGAGCCAUAAAGAACGGACAAUACAACCAAGAGGGACAAUCAUAUGGCGAUAAAGUCACUCAUGAGUGUAAUAAAGGAUUUGUUUUGAGAGGUGACCGUGUCCGUGUGUGUCAGGAUGAUGACUGGAAUGGAACGAGCCCGAUAUGCGAGGAGGUGAAAUGUCCAGUCAUUGUCAUCGCCAAUGGUCAGGCAGCCCCACAAGUGGUUAUGUUUGACACCGUUGUUCAGAUUACCUGCUCUCCUGGAUUUGAACUGAAUGGAGAUCCUCAACUUAAAUGUGGAGAAGAUGGUUCCUGGUCACCAAAUUUACCCACCUGUGAGCCAGUGAAAUGUCCAGUCAUUAACAUCCCCAAUGGUCAGGCAGUCCCACAAGCUUUGGAGUUUGACACUGUUGUUCAGAUCACCUGCUCCCCUGGAUUCAAACUGAUUGGAGCAUACCAACUCCGCUGUAGAGCAGAUGGUUCCUGGGCACCUUGUCUUCCCAAGUGUGAGCAAGUGAAAUGUCAAGCCCUUAACAUCCUCAAUGGUCAGACAUCCCCAAAUGACGGUUUGUAUAACACCACUGUUCAGGUCACCUGCCUUUCUGGAUACAGUCUGACUGGAGCACAGCAAAUCCAGUGUGGAGCAGAUGGUUACUGGAAACCAAAAUUACCCUUUGAACCAAUUAUCUGUUCUCCACCUGAGGUGGAAAAUGCAGUCAUGGAAACUGAGCUAGGGUUAUGGUACAUACCCAAUGAAGUUGUGACCUUCAGCUGCAUGGAUGGCUUUUUUAUGACUGGUUCAUCAAUGGCCAAAUGUGGACCAAAUGGACAAUGGCUGGGCUUGCCCACUUGUAGUUUCGAAUCUUAAGAACAUUUAUGGUCUUGACUUGUAUUGGCAAUUAAUCAAUCUGUUC